AAACAAAAGAGGGAAGGAGAAGAGGGAAGAAAUGCGAUUCCCAAUCACAGAUUACAUAACGUUGUCUUCACAGGUUGGGUUGGGCGAUCCGUUGUCAAUGAUCAAUCAUCUGCCCCUUGCAAAUGGCGCGUGAAAUGGAUUUCUUCUUCCUUUUUAUCCGAUCCCUUCUUCUUCUUCUUCCUCUGUUUUCUCUUUUUCUUUCUAUUUUCUGUUUUCUGUAAUGUAAUAAUCCAACUGGGUUUCCUCCAUUUUUCAACAUUUUCAAACCUUUCAGCUUCUGGGUCCCAACAAAAUACUUCUCUCUUCCUUGUUAACUCCCAUUUGAGCUCUCACUUUCUUCAUUUGACUUGGAAUUCAUUCCUCAAAAUCCCUCCCCUGCCUCGGUUUCAUUUUGACGUUCUUUGUUUCUGCAAGCCUGCUGGUUGUAUUUUGUUCUCACAGGUCAACCAUCCCCACAUCUCAAUGGAGAAGGAGCCUCUUCUUCCAUAUCUAAGCCCAAGAGGGAAACCGUCUCCCAUACCUCCUCAAUUAUGUCCACUUCCUGAAAACGAUGAAAUUACUCUGCCUAUGACGCCCACGGAGUUCAAAGACCGCUUGAUCUUUGGUCCUUCAUCGUCCCCACAAGACGCUUCUCCUAUAUUCGACGCUUUGACGCUAUCUCUUUCCUCUUCGAGACCUUCUGCUUCAUCUUCUCUUCAAGACCCAUCUACACCUUUGGACCCAAGAUCACAAUCGCAGUCUCAACAGGCGUGGCUUGUGGAUUCCAAUUAUACAUGGCCCAAAAGCAACCUCCAUCGCUCCAGAACUGCACCUGCCAUGGCGGUCAUCAACGAUGUCAAUCAUUCGCAGGAGCCCAAGCCACAGUUUGGUAAACAGUCUAUUAUCCGCCAAGCGGUUGUUCUUCUAAUUGUUUACUUAUCAUUGGGUGUGCUUAUCUAUUGGUUAAAUCGUGAUAAUUUUUCGGCUCAAGAGACUCAUCCUGUGGUCGAUGCAUUGUACUUUUGUAUUGUAACGAUGUGCACUAUUGGGUAUGGAGAUAUUACCCCCAAUAGUACGUCGACAAAGUUGUUCUCAGUAUUGUUUGUGUUGGUGGGAUUUGGGUUUAUAGAUAUAUUGCUCUCUGGAAUGGUUAGUUAUGUGCUUGAUUUGCAGGAGAGUUAUUUGUUGAGGAAUGUAAAGAGGGGGGUGAAGCGUGAAUCUGGGAAGUCCUAUAUAAUUGAUGUGAAGAAGGGAAGAAUGAGGAUUAGAAUGAAGGUGGCAUUGGCCUUAGGUGUUGUGAUCCUUUGUAUAGGGGUUGGCAUGGGUGUUAUGCAUUUUGUUGAGAACCUGGGAUGGUUGGAUUCAUUUUAUCUUUCAGUUAUGUCUGUCACAACAGUUGGAUAUGGUGAUCAGGCAUUCAAGUCGAUGACUGGUCGGAUUUUUGCUUCAAUCUGGUUGCUUGUAUCGACCCUUGCUGUUGCUCGGGCCUUCCUUUAUUUAGCGGAGGCAAGAGUAGAUAAGCGGCAUAGGAUGAUGGCAAAAUGGAUACUUGGUCAAGAUAUGACCGUUUCUGAGUUUCUUGCUGCUGAUAUUGACAACAAUGGCUUUGUGAGUAGGUCAGAAUAUGUGAUAUACAAGCUGAAGGAGAUGGGUAAGGUAUCAGAGAAAGAUGUCAUGCAGAUUUCUAAUAACUUUGAUAGGCUAGACAGUGGCAAAUGUGGGAAGAUUACACUGGCUGAUCUCUUGGAAAGUCAUCACUGAUGUGAAAAUACGAUACUGUCAACGAAGAACUCGAGUUAUGGGUCAUCACAAAUUGAAAGCAAUUUCACUUUCAAAUUGCAGAUGUAUAGUUGAAAGUGCAUAUAUCUGGGAUGUGCAAAGAAAGCCCUGAAAGAGAGUUUGCAUUUCCCGGAACAACUAUUUACUGCUCUUUCAUCAGAUGAUUCUGUACAAAGUUUUGAUAGCAUAGGAAAUAUUCUUCUAUAGAAGCUAAAUGAAUAAUUGUUUGAACUUGUUGGACUGUAAUUUGUUUAUUGGUUUAUACCUUUGUAUGUAUGUGAGCAUGGGAUGUCGCUCUUGAAUAUAAAUGUCCAUAGCUUCCUUUUCCUUUUCA